AUGAAAAAAAAAUAUAAGGAAACUAAAACAGACGAAAUUUUUCAGUCUCAAAAAAAUAAAUAUCAUCAUUUAAUAAACAAAAAUCAUAUUUAUAAUAAUAUUUAUAUAAAUUUAGAUGUGUAUCAAAAAUGGAGAAAUUUAAACAUUGAUAAAGAUGAAAAUAAACAUUGGAAUGAAAAAUCAUUAAAUAUGGUAUUAAAUGUUGACUCAAAUUUAAUGGAUAAAAAUGUAAAAAAUCUACUUAGAAGGGGUGUGUCAGAUUCAUUGAAACAUUUAAUAUGGAUACGUUCAAACGAUGUAAAUUAUUUUGUAAUAAAUUUUCCAAAUUUUUAUGAAACAACUAUAUACAAUACAUUUGGUGAUAAAAUACCAUCUAAUUUAUCAAAUGAUUGCCCAACAUUUUGUGGAGGUAUAUUAGGUUUACAAGAGGAUAUAAUGUGUGUUCAAACAAAAAUAGAAGAAUUAGAAAUAGAACACAAUGAUGAUUACAAUAAUUUUAAUAUUAAUGAUUCAACUAGUAAUAUAUUACAACUAUUAUUUAAUAAUCCAAGUGAAAAUAAAAAAGAUAGUGAUAAAUAUUUAUUGCCUGAACAUAAUUUUUGGUUAGAACCCAAAACAUUAAGUUCACCAAAUUUUGGAUUUUCUAAUAAAAAAAAAAAAAAAAAUUUUUUAUAUAUAGAAAAUGUGAAAAAUAAGAUUUUGAAAAAUAAGAAAAUUGAUAAUUAUUUGAGAGUUUCAUCAGAUUCUAUUUUGCCAUAUUCUAGCAACUUUUUAAUGAAGAAUAUAUCAAAUAGUUGUAUAAAUAAUAAUGAUAAUAAUUAUUUAUGUGAUAAGGAUAAAAAUAAAGAAAAUAUUAAUACUUUUGUGAAUAAUAAUAGCAACAAUAACUGUACGGAAAAUAAUUAUAAAAUGUCUAGUUGUAGUAUGAAUGACAAAAAUAUUUUGAUUAAAGAUGAUAUUAUAAUUUUCCAUAAUGUUAAUGAUAAGCAAAAUGAUUCAAUUAACCUAAAUUAUAAAGCAAAUAAUAAUAAUACUCAAAAUGAUUUAUUUUUAAUCAAUAAAGAAAUUUCUGAAUCAAGUAAAUACUUGCAUAUACAGUACUAUAUGAAUGAACAAUAUAUAAUUAGUAAAAAGCAGGCCGAAAAAAUGAGUAAAGCAAAACUAUAUUUGAGAACGAGAAGAAAGAAAAAGGCAAUAAAACAAAAAGAUAGUAUAAAAACUAAAAGUUUUGAUGAAUCUUAUACAAGUAUAAGUGAACUAAAUUCGGAUAAUUCUUUAUCAAGCUAUUUUAAUGAAAGAACAUUAAAUGAUGAAAUGGAGAAUUUUUGCUUAAAUAAGAAUAACAGUUAUAGCCGUACAAAAAGUUUUUUCAAAAAAACAUUUAGUACUAAACGUACUUAUAAAAAAAAUGAAAGAAAGUUAUCAGAUCAUAUAUCAUUAUUAUUAAGAGAAAAUUUAAAUACUGAUAUUAAAGAAAAAAAUAUUAUAUCUAGUAUGGAUGUAGAUAAUUCUUUAAUGGAAAAAGGCAUAAAAUGCAAUAAGGAAAAUAAAAAAAAUACUGAACAAGAACAAGAAAAAAAAAAAGACAAAAAAAAGGAUAUUUAUAAAGAAAUAAAUAGAAUAAAUAGUGGAGAAAAAUGUAAAAAUAGUUGUAAACAUAUUACUGUUACAAAAAUGGAUAGAAAAGUAGAAGAUAAUGAAAAAUAUGAAGAAAAAAAAGAAGGUAUAAUAAAACUUAGUGCAUUUAAUUCAAAAGAAAAUCAAGAAAAUGAUCAUGGAUCUAUUGAUUUUGAUGGUAGUGAAAUAUGUAAUCUUAAAAAUAAUGAAAAAAAAAAUAAAAAAUCUAUUUUUGGUAAAAUAAAAAAUAUUUUUUAUAAGAGAAAAAAAUCAAAACAUGAUAACGUAUCAUUAAUAAAAUGUCGAAGUAAUCAAGAAAAUACAUAUAUAGAAAAAAAAGAGAUGAUAAAAAAAGAUAAUGAUUUAAUUAAAAGCAUUAUUGUUAAUAAAACAAUUGAGAUUAAAAAAAAAAAUGAUUCAGAUGAUGCUAAAAGAAAAUGUAUAGAAAAAGACAAAACAAAGAACUAUGAUACUUGUAUUAGUGACUUAAAAAAAAAAAAAAUGGAGAAUGAUAUAAAUGAACAAAAUUAUUUAAAAUCAAACAUUCAUUAUAGUACAUUUAAUUUAUCAAGAGAUAACUAUGAUUAUAACACUGCUAAUGAUAGUAAUAAUAAGAAUAGUGAUAAUAAUGAUGUUAGUAGCAAUGAUGAUGAUGAUAAUAAUAUUAAUUGUAAUAAUUAUAUUAUUAAUAAUAAUAAUGCUACUUUAACAAAAAAUUGUAAUAAAUAUAAUAUUGUUAUUAGUAAUCAUGAGAAUGAUUCGAAUCAUUCUAUUGCAUUAAAUUCCCUAUAUAAUAAAAAAAGUAGCUGCAUAAAUAAUGAGGAAGAAUUUAUCAAAAUGAGCAAUAAAAGCUUUCUUUCAAAAAAUGGAAAGAUUAAAAAUACAAUAUCACAUAACAAAAGUAAAAAAAUAAAAUUCAAUGAAAAGGAUGAUAAUGACUCAAAUAUUAAUGAUUUGACUACAUUAAAUGAAUAUACUAACAGUAAUUUAUUAGAUGAAGAAGAUAAUUUUUAUGCUGAAUAUGAGGAAUUAGAAAGUUAUUCUUCCUAUAUUAAAAAAAAUGAUAAUGGAAAGGAUCAAGGAGUACAGAAAGAAAAGUUGAACGAAUUUUAUAUAAAAAAAAAAGAGGAAAAAGCUGAUGAAAUGGAAAAAAAAGAAGAUAAUAUCCUUAAUUAUUCAUAUAAUACUGCAUAUGAUAAUGAUUUAGAAAAUUUUGAAUUACCUUCAAGUCAUCCACUAAAUGAAGAAAAAAAAAAAAAAACAAAAAAAAAAAAGAAAAAAAUUAAUUUUAAGGAUGAAUAUGAAGAAGGAAAAGGAGAAUAUGAUAUGUCUGGUAAAGAAAAUGAAAAAAUAAAUAAGAAUAGAGAAAUAGAUGAAAAAAAAAAAAAGAAAAAAGAAAUGGUAUUUUAUUAUUAUAGAGAUGACAUUAAUAAAGAAGAGAAAGAAGAUGAAAUAAUGGAAUUAAAAGGAGAAUGUGAAGAAGAAAAAAUAAGAAACAGGGAAGAAAAAAAUGAGAAAGAAAAUGGAGAAGAACAAGAAGAUGAAUUAAAUAGAAAAAUAAAAAAAAGUAAUUUUUCAUAUAGUAGUAAGGAAAAUCAAAAUUCUGAAAAAGAGUUAUAUAAUAAAUUUUAUGAAAAUAAUAAUAAUAAUAAUACAUAUCCGAAUGUUUAUAAUUUGGAUGAUGCAACAGAAUUAACUGCAUUACUAAAUGAUGAUGGAAAGCAUGAGAUAAAAAAACUCUUAUGGGCAAUAAACAAUAAUUUUGGAAAUGAUGUGGAAUUUGCCCCUAUUAUUCCAAAUUUGUGUAUAAUUUUAUUAAUUUAUUUUAAAGCUUCUGUUGUUUAUUGUAUUAUCCAUUGUUUAAUAAAGAAAGGUAUUGAUAGCGUAAAAAAUAAAGAACCACCUUUUUUUGUUUAUAAAAGGAAAGACUUUGUUAAAUAUGUGAAAUAUAUUUUAAAUUCUUUUAUUCAAUUUUUACCAAAAUGCUAUUAUUACUUAAGGAAAUUAAAUUUUGAUUUAGCUGCCUGGACGGCUAGGUGUAUCCAAGAUGGAUUCUCUAGAAUGUUACCGUUUGAUUUUGUUUUAAGAAUAUAUGGUACAUUUUUGUUUGAAGGACAAAAAACAUUAUGCUUAUAUUGUUUAGCUUUACUUAAGUUUCUAGAAAAUGAUAUAUUGAAAUGUACUAAUAUAGAAGAGGUAGAAAAUAUUUUAUAUCAUAUAUGUAUGCAUCCAUAUUUAAAUAUAAAUGAUUUAACACAAAUAGCAUAUAAAUUUAAAUUGAAAAGUAAAGAAAAACAUUUGAAAUUUUCAACAAAAUGCCCAUCUCCUUAUUUAAUGAACGUAAAAAUAAAAACAUUUUAUCGACCAAGGUUAAAUGAUAACUCUCGUUUGAUAAAUUCAUUUCAUUGGGAAAAUAUAUGGGAAAAAAUUCCAAGUAAUAUUAGGUCAUUAGAUCCAUUUCUAGCAUUUUGUUCGAAAAAGGAUGGAUACAAUUUACAAAUAUUAUUAGAAAAAACUGAAAAAAAUAAAAAAAAACCGAUGAUUUUAAUUUUGAAAACCUUUGAUUAUGAUUUAAUAGGAUUUUUUUGCCCAUUUUCUUUGAAUAGAGAUUAUAAUUUUUUUAAAGACUCCGAUAAAAGUUCUGCAUUUUUAUGUACUUUUAAUUCUACUUUUAAAUUUUAUAAAUGGUCAGGAAAAAACAAUACUCUUGUAUUAAUAAAGGAUGGCAUAUAUAUAGGAGGAAAUGAUAUAGCUUUAUUUAUUGAUAAAGAUAUAAAAUACGGAAAAACAAAUCCAUCAGAAUCUUUUUUAUCUCCAUCACUUAUAUCCAAUGGUUACGACUUUCAAAUAAUGGAUAUAGAAAUUUGGAAUUUGAAAUAA